UCCAAUCAGGUGGCCGCUUUGAAAAACCGCUGGUCACGUGAUCCUGCAACAUGGCUUCCGUACAGUCCCGCUGAGAACCGCUACAAUAGGAACUCCUCUGCAUGACAGUAAAUAUUGAGGAGGAUUAUUCUGUUAGUUAUCCAGAACCCUGGAAAGAAGAUGAAGUUACGCGUGCAACUGCAGUGUAAAAACCUUCACGAAUACCUGAGAGAACUGAGCCCAGACGUUCUGGACCGACUGUACAACCAUCCCGCUACCUGCCUGGCUGUCUACAGUCAGGCUGAAAAACAGGGCUGCACCUCAGAUUCUGCUGUUCUCCCCUCCCCUCCCGCCCCCCUCCUCCUCAGGGAUCAUGAUGAGUGUGUGUCGGUGCUGAUGGGUCUGAGGAUGUGGCACAGUCAGCAGCUGCAGGGGGGGCUGCAGGGUCUGCUGCUGAACCCCGUCUUUAAGGAGAACCUGCGGGUGGCGCUGCUGGGCGGGUGGGUGCCCCACAGCCUUCUGGGAACAGGGACUAUAAAACCAGCAGUCUCGUUUUUGUCCAAGCCUCCCUCUCUCUCUCUCAGUGAAUCGGGCGAGCCCCCUUGUAUCACCUCGGCUGGGUUUCAGUUCCUCCUCCUGGACACGCCCUCCCAGCUCUGGUACUUCACCCUGCAGUACCUGAACACUGCACAGUCCCGAGGGAUGGAUUUGGUGGAGAUUCUGUCCUUCUUGUUCCAGCUGAGCUUCUCCACCCUGGGCAGAGACUACUCUGUGGAGGGUAUGAGUGAGUCUCUGCUCACCUUCCUGCAGCACCUGCGCGAGUUCGGCCUCGUCUUCCAGAGGAAGAGGAAGUCUCGGCGAUAUUACCCCACUCGCCUGGCAAUCACCCUGGCAGCGGGCAUCAAUGCAAGCCCCUCCCCCUCCUCCGCCACCCCUGGCACUGGCGACGCGGGCUUCAUUGUCAUGGAAACCAACUAUCGCCUGUAUGCCUACACAAACUCUGAGCUGCAGAUUGCCCUGGUAGCUCUGUUCAGUGAGAUGCUGUACCGCUUCCCUAAUGUGGUGGUCGCUCAGGUAACCAGAGAGUCUGUGCAGCAGGCCAUCGCUAACGGCAUCACCGCUCAGCAGAUCAUCCACUUCCUCCGAACCAGAGCUCACCCCAUCAUGCUAAAACAGACUCCAGUUCUCCCUCCCACCAUCACAGACCAAAUAAGACUGUGGGAGCUGGAGAGAGACAGGCUGCAGUUUACUGAGGGAGUGCUGUAUAACCAGUUCCUCUCACAAGCUGAUUUUGAGGUGCUACGAGACCGCGCCCAGGGACUGGGUGUGCUGGUGUGGCAGAACGCCCCCCACAGGGUGAUGGUGGUCACGCCACAUGGACACAGCGAGGUCAAGAGGUUCUGGAAACGACAGAAGAGCCACAAUUAGUCUCCAUGGCAACGGGGCGGACUUGGGGAGGGGGUGGGGGGGUAGGAGCGGGCGGGGGGAGAUGAGCUGAGAGAGUCAAAAUCCAAGUUGGGCCCCACCUUCCCGGAAAGAACCGGAACAGUCUGGAAGCAUGAAGCCACAACUCAACAAGCGGGACAGAAAUGGAACGGGGGGGAUUGUGGGUAAGAGUUCCGGUCCCAUGCCCCGGGGAGGCUGACAUGGUUUUGCUCCAGCUUGUUUCCCUCCGACUUAACUCCUCCAAUUUACUAACUUCCUGUACAUGUCGGCACUGCUCAGUUUCCCACAAUGCACCAUGGUGGAACUUUGGUGGAUAGAGAUCUUGCCACAGUCCUUCUACCCGUUUGCCCUCUCCAGCCGAACCGAGCAAGUCAAGUUAAUUGCGGGUGAAACUGAUGGCGAAGUCACGAGCCGAAGGUUGGUGUCCUGCCACCCUGACGAAGAGGAUGGUAAAAGGGCAUGCCACCCUGACGAAGAGGACGGUAAAAGGGCAUGCCACCCUGACGAAGAGGAUGGUAAAAGGGCAUGCGACCCUGACGAAGAGGACGGUAAAAGGGCAUUCCACCCUGACGAAGAGGACGGUAAAAGGGCAUUCCACCCUGACGAAGAGGACGAUAAAGGGCAUGCCACACCGGGCUGCCCGGGUCCUGGGUCUGACACAUGGGGCCGCGGGAACGCUUGUACAACCGGUUGCCCGGCACCAGUCUGUUGCUAGGGAACACAGGGCUGUUGUACGUGAGCUAAUAAAUAAAACUGAUCUUUGAGAAUAAAA